AUGCGCCAUAAUAAUAAUCAUACACAUAUAAAUUCGACUGUCUCUGUAUUGCCAGCAGAUGUUACAACUAUUCCGUAUGAAUAUCAAAUAUACUCAUCGAGUUUUCGAUAUUGGGGCUACAGCAUUAAGCCUUUGCUGCCCAAAGGAGUAUAUAAUGAAAGUGAUGACAGCCAAGAUGAUUUCCCAUUACUGGCUAAAGUGAUUUCUAGAAAAGCCUUUAAUUAUGGAAUUUAUGAAGUUUAUGAAUACAGAUACUCGAAGAAUGGAAGUGUUGUUAACAUGGUAAUAACAACUUUAGCAGAGAUUGAAGAGAUUGACUUUGAAAAUAAUGGAUUUAUUUCAUUACCAAAAACAAGUCUUAGCAUCAACAAUAAAGAUUCUAAUAAAACACAUCCUGAAUAUUGUGAAUAUAAAAUUAAUUGGAAGAAUGAUAAUAUAAAUAUAGGUAGAAUCUAUAGAAGAUGUGUCAAUGCAAGUGAAAAAGACUACUAUCAUGUAGCAACUUUCAUAGGAAAUAAUAAUUGGGGAAUAAAUUUCUAUUCUCCCGAUGAGAUAACUUGUUUUGGUAGAAUGACAAAAUCUGAUUAUUGGUGGAAUUAUUGGAGAAGAGAUAUAAUUAUUCUUCCUAAUGUGCCAUUUCCUCCUAUCUUACCCACGCUCUAUUCCGCAUUUUAUGAUUAUCUUGAAACUAGACAAAAAGAUUAUGACACAAUCGUUGGGAAAUUAGCACCUGCAACAAGGAAUUUGGAGCUUUCCUCUGCACUUGAAGAAAUGAAAAAAAUGGAAAGUUCCUUACACGAGGCUUUGAAUCUUAUAAGCAGAGAUCAAAAAAUUUCACAAGAAUUCCGUGAUUUUUCUCGAGAACUUUUGAAAAAGAAGUAG